UGUGCCUUGCCAUCGUUUCUUUGGUUCGCCUGCAGCGUAUUUCAUUAAACUUUUGAAAUCAAUUCGCUUCGGUUGUGUUGUGGCUAACUUUCUACGCGCCCAAUCAAAUCUAAAGCCAAAGGGUCACCAUGUCGAUUCUAACGGGCAGCGCCAAUGCGGUCAAGUACACGCUCUUUGGAUUUAAUUUGAUCUUUUUGAUCACGGGCAUUAUCCUUAUAGCCGUUGGUGCCGGAGUCGGUGCCGUUUACACUGGCUAUGAGCUCUUUUUGGCCGGCAAGUUCUUCUCGAUCCCAACAUUCCUGAUUGUGAUCGGUGCCUUCAUCAUUGUGAUCACCUUCUUCGGCUGCUGGGGUGCCCUCAAGGAGAACUACUGCCUGGUGCUCAGCUUCUCGAUCAUGCUGGCCAUCAUCUUCAUACUGGAGCUUUCCGCCGGCAUCAGUGGCUAUGUGCUGCGCACUGAUGCCGCCUCAUUGAUAAAGACCUCGCUGACGGCUUCGCUGGGGGAUUACAAUACCCUAAAUCAGAGCCCAACCACCGCCCUGUGGGACGAUGUCCAGCGCGACUUCAACUGCUGCGGCGUGACCGACUUCAAUGACUGGAGUAAGACCUUCCCGAACGGCUCGCUGCCGAUCUCGUGCUGCACAAUUCCUGUGGGCGCAGCCGGCACCUUCUCCUGCUUAAACAACUUCACGAGUGUGGAUCAGCGUCACAACUCUGGUUGUCUUGACGGAUUCUCCAGCUAUAUUGCAUCGCAUGCUGUCAGCCUGGGAGCCGCUGGCGUUGUCAUUGCCGUCCUUCAGUUCUUCGGUGUUAUCUUUGCCUGCUAUGUGGCGCGUGAGAUUAAAAUCCGGAAUGGCAUUACGGGCUUCAUCUAGAGCAACUCAACACUGAGAGAUGCGGAUAAAAUGCCUGAGGAGCCGAGCCGUUGGCUGGGAAUUUAUAUUUAAGUAAAUACUUUGGACUUUUCCAUCAGCUAAAGAUAUAUAUAUAUAUGUGCAUAUAUAUAUAUUGCUUGUGUAUACCAUAUGAAUAUUGGUAA